AAUAAUAAAAAUUUCUUUACAUUUCUAAGGUCUUCACAGGGGACUUUUCGACCUUUGUGCCCAGACAAGGGCGUGUCAUUCGAAUGUUCUGUAAGGAACAUCCAAUCGGAAUUCCAGGGAGGGUGGGGAUUUUAUUUACAGAUGGGGAAAGGUCAAUGUCGAAAGUAGUCUAAUAUUGAGGCUGCUGUGGAGAAUAACUUUAAACACAUCACUGACCUGCAGUGACCUAGCUUACAGGUCUCAUACAUAUCGGAGGAGGUCUAAGCCAGCAACCUUUGAUGAUUUUUACCACCCUUGCUUAUCCUCAUUACUGUUCCUACUAAAAUAAAGACUAAACGGGUCUGAUAUGACAGACUACCAUUUUCCUCUCUGCAAUGAAUGGGUGAUCAUUUUCUCUCGAUAUCGAUCGUGCAUGUAUUCUGUGGUGGAUAUAUCAAUCUAAAAAUCGAGUGCUUCAUUUGCUUUGAACAAUACGGGAACAAUACUGUCACAUAGAAAGGAUUAUAUACUCGGAUAUCUAGGAAUAAUAGAGCGUCUCUUUAAAUCGAAAAGAAAAGGCCCGGAGUGUGUGUGGUAGAAAGGAUUCAUUUUGACUUUGCCUGAGCCUGAGGUGAGUGCUGUUGGUGAUCACUGCGAGCAUCCAUUAUCUUCCCUCGAGCAAUAUAUUAGCAUAGCGGACCUAUUACAUUCGCCUGUGAAACUUGUGCCGAGACUGAAAGAAGAAUAAAAUGUCUGACGAAGAUCUAAAAACCGUCUUUAAGUCUUUCUGCGCCUUCGGUGCCGGAAGCAAGGACGCUCAGCCUCAGAUGGACAACGCCAAGUUUAACAAGUUAUUUAGAGAUCUUAAACUCUACGACAAGAAGUUCACCAGUACCGACACGGAUAUCAUCUUUAGCAGACCAGAAGUGAAAGCUAAGACUGAUCGUAAGAUCAACUUCUCCCAGUUCAAGGUAGCUUUAGGUUUGUGUGCUGAGAAGAAAUACGGAAGCAAAGAGGAUGUCUCAAAGCUCAUUGAAAAAAUCUGCAGUGGCAAGGGACCUGGAACAUCGGGUGCUACGAAAACCGUCAAAGCCGGAGGCGUAGAUCGGUUAACCGAUGCAUCCAAAUAUACGGGUUCUCACAAGGAACGGUUCGAUGAAUCCGGUAAAGGCAAGGGUCUCGACGGAAGGAAGGACUUCGACGCCAAGGCCGCCGCGGGGUAUGUCGGCGGAUACAAAGGGGAGGGAAGCUACCAAAAAUAGACAAUUGAAUUAUUAUAAUAUUUUCUACUAGUUUUGUAUCAUUCUUUUCAUUCCUCGAUUAAGAGACAUUUGGUUAAUGUGUUAGAAAUUUCAUGAUUAUUAUGAGUAAUUUAUGUUUACUGUUGAAAAAGUCGAAAUAUAGGCCUAUAUAAUAUAGAUUGUACAUGCAUCCGAUAUACUAAAAUGUUUCAAAUUUUCGCUCAUCUGUUCAAAUAAGUAUUUAAUAGAAAGUUUUGAUAUAUCAAAUAAAAUUUCAUGUGAUAUAUAGUCUUUUAAAUAAUGUUUUUCAGGGAGAAUACUGUCAAGAGUAAGAGUGCUACAAUGUAAAAUACAGUUGCCAUUUCAGCAUUAAAUGCUCUUGGUUUGCAUCAUUGUAUGUGUUGUCAAGAAUUCGUAAUAUUCAGUAUUCCACCCAAUAUGACCAAUUGUUUUUACUCUUUGGAAUUCCACUGAAAGUGAAUCUGACUGGAAAGGUUAUAAUUCCCUCGUGUUCGGGGAUAUCAUCAGAUAUAUUAUCGCUUUCUAUCAUGAAAUUUGAAGGAAAAAAACCGACAUAGCGAUAUGGAAAAAAUAAAGAUUAAGAAUAACAUCUACUGCUAAACGGCCCAGUGAUUCGACGAUAUAAUCUAGUUAAGUACAAAUUAGAUAUUUUCCAAUUAUUUAAAUUGUGAUUUUUUUGAAGAGGCUGAAAAAUAAUACAGGUGGCAGACGAACAAACAGGAUAUAAGAGAAUUGCAAAAAUUCUAUGGGUCUGAUCAUAAAUAAUGAUGUUCAUGACUGCACUGCUAAAACUCCGGUUUUGAUUUAACACCAGCCCGGAAUCUAUAUAUGUCCACACCAGAGAAGUGUUAAACAACACCAGUUUCGUUUUUGUCCAGAAAGGUGUUUAUACAGCACCAAUUAGUAUUAAAACAGCAUCGGUUUGAUUCCAAAGUGGUGUUGUUUCAAUACUUUUCUGGUGUGGACAUAUAUAGAUUCCGGACUGGUGUUAAAUCAACACCGGAUUUUUUUGCAGUGUGAUGUUGGGUUGUAUAUAAGAAUGUUUUGCUUUUGACCAUAUUUUGCUUCUCAAAUACGUAUGUGCCUGAAUAAUCACAAAACCUCCUCAAUUGACGAAACUAUAUUUAGCAAUCAAUUUUGAUUUACAUUAUAAUGCCAAAUUUCAUCUAGAGUCUUUCGCUGUGUGUUCUCACUUCCAAGUUAACAUAUAUAGUAUGUUGUAUAAGAUAUUAGAACUUUUAAGAGUCAUAUUUUGUAUGGGUGUGUGUGUGUUUUAUUAAAUAUUUGAAUGUUUCUAUUUGAUAUGUAGAUUAAAUCUGAAAUCAUCAAUAUUAAAGCUAGGACAUUCCUAUAUGUUAUAAACUAAUCUAUAAUAAAGAUUAUACCACAACGAA